UUGAAUUGCGUCAGUCAGGAAACCCGCUCUAUAUUUGUCUAAAAAAUAAAUGUCACGGGUAAAAGAUCUCGUAAAAUAAUCAAACGUUUGUUAUAACGUAUUAAAUUGCAUGCGACUUAAUUAGAUGUGAUGUAAAAAGAAAUAGUCUUGUUCCAGUGAACAGAUUCGAUAAAGAAACUAUCAGCGUACUAUAAGAUAAGUUAGAUAAAUACUUUAAGGGUGUGUAAUGUCUCUAUCGAGUAAAUUCACAUUUAACUUGCGAAAGUGUGACACAUUUGAAUUGCACAAUAUAAACAACUUACCGAUUUCUCAACGUCGGUCGCUGUGACUGGAUUUAAAUCAGCUUGGCUUUGCUGAAAGUGUCCACUCGUCAAAUUACAUCGAGACUUUGAAGCGUCCAAGUAGAUCGAGUUAAAGGUGCAGUGCAAUAAAAUUGUCGGAAUGCGGAAAACUCUCUCUGAACGUUUUAGCGAAGACGAACUUCCUUUCUUGAAUGAAGAUAAAAACAAGGUCAUUGAUUUUCCGUAUGUAUACGUUGAAGAUCCGAUUCGUAGCAUUCGACACCACAGCCUGAUGCUUAAGGGCACCGCAAAUCAAUUAAGGAGAUGGCCGAACGAUCUUUUCAGUUCGUUUAUGGCAGCGUGUCUUGUCCUAUUCAGUUUUCUUUUUCUUGCUUUUGUCACGGCGAUAUUUUGUUCACCCAUAACAAACAAUGAUAAUUGCUGUGGUGAAUUGAAGAUUUCCGAGGAUGAAUGUUCCAUUAAUGUCUAUUUCGUGAAGGAAGCUACGCAGGUCUGGUCUGGAAAAGAAUUCUGUUAUAUCGAGGCUGCAGCAAGAGAACAACCAAAUUUGAAUAUAUACUUAAUCAAUUUGAUGCGUACUUCCAGUACACCGAACACAUCGGAAAUUUAUCUUAAAAUGGCACUGACCACCCAAAAUGCUAAUAUUCACAUCGCCGAAUUAUUAAUUGGCAAAUUUUUCAGCAAAACAGAAUUAUCAAGUAUUGCAAAAAAUUUGAACAAUGAAUUGUUGCUGAUGGCGGCGAGAGCGUAUCUGCUUUGGAACUUUCCCGGAGUUGCAAUGCAUCCCAGCGCAUAUUGCAAUUUAUCAGUCGUCAAUAAAUCACGAUGGAAUAAAGUGGGGAAACGAGAUUGCAUGCCGGACAAAUUAGUUAUGAUCGACCCAACGAUUGAUUUACAAGCGACAGAUGUGCAUUGUCAAGCAUUUCUAGGAUUUUUAAUACAGGAAAUAUCCAAGAAUGCAACGCAAAUUUAUAGUUUGAAGGAUGCAUUGGACAAAUUUUGUCCGAGGAUUGAUAACUGUGUCGAGGUGCGAGUACUUGAUUUAAAAUCGCACUGUUCGGUCAACGCUUUCGAUUGUCCUACCGUGUAUACGUCUGGAAAAUCUUGGGAACUUACAAUAUAAUCCAAAUACUUAGUUAUAUAAGUCAUAGAAGAUAUAAUUUUCAUUUCAUGGAAUUUAAUAUAAU